AUGCAGCUUACCAAUGAACGCAAGGAAGUCCUCCAAGGCGCGAAAUCAAGGACCGCUCCUGCACAAGAUGUGUCUAGUCUGAAGAUCAACGGCAGCAGACUGAUGUCUUCGCUCCACGAGUCAUGUGAAUUUGGAAAGGCACAUCCUUAUGGAACACACGAGACAGAGACGGGCAUGGCUCGUCUAGCGCUCAAUGCCGCUGACAAGGCUGUUCGACAGUGGUUCGUGACAGAAGCAGAGUCACUGGGCUGCAAGACCACCGUCGACCAAAUGGGCAAUAUCUUCGCUAUCCGACCUGGGAAGAAUUCGACAGCACCUCCUGUCAUGAUGGGUUCGCACUUAGAUACCCAGCCCACGGGCGGACGGUACGACGGGAUACUUGGUGUGCUGUCGGGCCUGGAGGUCUUGCGCACACUCCAUGAAAAUGCCUACCAAAGUGAAGGAAGUAUUGGAAUGGUCAAUUGGACCAAUGAGGAAGGUGCCCGCUUCCCAAUUAUCACCGUCUCUUCAGGCGUAUGGUCUGGUACCGCUCCACUGGAAACCGCAUGGGCCUGCCAGGAAGUGAGCCCAAGCCAGGAUGCCAACCGAUACACCAUGAAGGAAGAACAGAAACGCAUUGGCUUCUUGGGUAGCAUCCCUGCAUCUUACGAAGCCCAGCCCAUAGCCGCACAUUUUGAGCUCCUUAUCGAACAAGGCCCUAUCUUGGAGGACGAGAGACGCAGAAUCGGAGUCGUCGCCGGCACCACUCCUAUGGCCGCGAGAAAAGAAACCGUUCUGGCUGCUGCGAAGAUGAUUGUUGAAUCGAACAAGAUUGCAAAAGCGCACUCAGGGUUAAUCACAACUGGAAUCGUCGAGACAAUCCCGGGGAGUAUCAACACCAUGGCGCAAACCGUCCGCUUCACUAUCGAUAUGCGGCAUCCUACGGACGGCGUCCUUGCCCAGAUUGAAGCCGAAUGCCGGCAAACGUUCAGCGCGAUCGCCGCACGAGACAGUGAGCGAGGAGUCUCGCUGGAAUGGAGACAGCUGGCCGCCGCUCCAGCCGUCAUGUUUCACCAAGAUUGUAUUGACGUGAUCGAAGAGUCCGCGGAGGAGACUGUUGCGGGUCUGCCCAAGACCGCCGAAGACGGCAAAUCAUGGAAACGUAUGGUCAGCGGCGCGGGGCACGACAGUUUCCAAACCAGUCGAAGAUGUCCAACUGGUAUGAUCUUCACACCGACGAGAGAAGGGCUGUCACACACACCCACGGAAUACUGUAGUCCUGAAGACUGUGCGCUGGGUGCGCAGGUGCUGCUUGGGGCGGUGUUGAGGUACGAUAGCUUGCGAGCCGAGAGAGGAAUGCUCGCUUGA